CUAACUCACUAUUUGUGACACCACUGUCCUAAUCAGAAACACACACACACAAAUCAUGUUGUAAUGCUGUUUUCCGUGUUUUUUUCAGAGACGCCGGUUAACCUUCCGAUCAUGGAGGAGUCCGUAUCGGAUAGUGAAGUUGACUUCUUUAAUCCAAAAUCUAAGUUCAAGACAAAUCUGCCAAAGAAAGGUACAAAGCGGUGGGCCUACGCUGUUAGGCGUGCGUCGAUUGGCUGGUCACCGCAACACAGCCCAGGCACAGAUAGUACGACUGAUCACAGUGGAGAGACUGCCAUCCAACCAGAACGGGUGGUGGAGCUUCUACGAUCUCCUUCAGUUCAAACAUACACAACACUCAAACGGAAGCUACUAAAAGCUAAGGCGAAUCCGGAAUGGAUUCUUCGAUUUCUGCAUAGCGAUGGAUUGGAAUUAUUGUUCGAAAGUUUGGAACAAAUCGCUAAACAAAAGCCAAUUAGUUUUCUCGAUGCCGUACUUCAGGUUGGGUGUGUAGAGUGUGUGAAAACCGUUAUGGAUAGCUCGCUUGGAUUGGAUUACAUUGUGGAAAAUAAGGAUUUUACACCUAAAUUCGCAGCAGCUUUGGAUACUGACAAUGUGACGGUAAAGAAACAGGUAUUCGAACUCCUGUCCGCACUCUGUGUGUACUCUAAAGAUGGGUACACCCGGGUGCUGGAGGCGCUGGAUAAAUAUAAGGAGGCAAAGAAGCAGAAAUACCGUUUUUCGUUGCUCAUUGACGAGCUGAAGUCGACUGAGAGUGUUGAAUAUAAGACCAUUCUUUUGGAGUUUAUAAACUGUAUAAUAAUAUAUACCCGAAAGAUUGAAGAUCGGAUACGCGUUCGAAACGAAUUCUUUGGUUUAAAAUUGCAGGAAGUCAUCAAUCAGUUACGCCGACAAGAUGACCUUGACCCAAACGUCAAUGUGCAGUUAGAUGUUUUCGUAGAGCACAAGGCUAAUGACGAUGAACAACUUCCUGGUGCCAAGGGUGUGGACUUGAACUGCUCCCUCGAUGUCUUCCAUACUAUCUUUAAAACGGUGGACGAUACUCCACAGGAGAUCCAUUUCCUCACGUGCCUACAACACAUGCUAAAAAUAGACCCAAACGAUGCCAAUUGUGACAUAAUUUGGCAGACAGUAGAAAAGUUAGUAUGUAGAGCUACACUUGUGGAAUCGGAAGCGGAUGCACAAAAACUAUUGAGACAGCGUGAACGGUCGACGGACGGCCUACAAUGUCCGAACUGCAAAGCCCACGAACGUGUGACGUCACCACGGCGAGGGAAUAGUUCUAGCUCUAUUGCUCUUCCUGGUUUGACAGACAGUAAUGAAUCCCCGAAAACUGUGUCGGCACCGGCCCCACAGGCACCACCCCCACCACCUCCCCCAGUACCAGGAGGGGCGCCACCACCGCCUCCGCCUCCUCCACCAGGUAUAGGUGGGGCUCCACCACCCCCACCUCCAGUGCCAGGAAUGCCAUCUGUCCCUGGAGCUCCCCCUCCCCCGCCAUCUUUCAACAUGAAGGGGCCAAAUGCCCGUAAUGGUGUUACCAUUAAACUACCUCAGCAAAACGUGCCCAAACCUAAAACAAAGAUGCGUUCUCUACAGUGGCAGAAAAUCCCGACGAAUAAGGUGCUAUCAGGGAAACCAAACAUUUGGUCGACUGCAGGACGUCGUUUCAAUGGAUACGUUAGUAAUAUGGAUUUUGAAGCGAUAGAGGAGCUGUUCAGUGUUCCUACACCACAGGCCCCUACUGUUGCGACAAAUCAAAACGGUACAUCCUCCACUUUGGAACGGAAGAAGAAAGAAUCGACAGAGAUCAAUCUUUUAGACGGCAAAAGAAGUUUGAAUGUGAACAUCUUUCUUAGGCAGUUUCGCAUGCCGAAUGACCAAAUUGUCCAGCUACUGCGGGACGGGGUCAGUGAGAGGUUUGAAUCUGAGCGUCUCAAAGGCUUGCUCAGGAUUCUGCCAGAUCAAGAUGAAAUCGAAAGACUACAGAAUUUCGACGGUGACAGAGACAGACUCGGUAGUGCUGAGAAGUUCUUUUUAUGUCUCUUAGGCCUUCCACAGUACAAACUGAGAAUUGAAGGCAUGCUGGUGAAGGAGGAGUUUAAAGCCAGCAUGGAUUAUAUAAAACCUCAUGUGGAAGCUGUCAUAGAAACCGCCAAUGAAAUAAAGGCACAUGAUGAUCUACAAGAACUGUUCUACUUGGUGCUAAUAGCAGGAAAUUACUUGAAUGGGGGAAAUUAUGCCGGUGACGCUGCUGGAUUCAAGCUGUCCUCUCUCAUAAAACUGACUGAAACAAGGGCUAACAAACCUAGAAUGAACCUUCUACAUUUCGUCAUAAUGCAAGCAGAAGAUAAAAACCCGGACCUUCUUACCUUCCCGGCAAAACUCAAGUAUCUGAAAGAUGCAACACAGGCCCCUCUGGAAAGCUUAGGUUCUGAUAUAGCUAGCUUUUCCGGUAGGGUUAAUGCCAUAGCCAAGGCAUUAGAGACAGUUGGCCCUGACUUUAAAGCACAAAUGGCGGGAUUUUUAAUGGACGCAGAAAAAGAUAUAGCGGAAUUACAAGCUGAUUUGAACGAUAUGGAAAAUCUACGCGUUGAAUUAGCCGAGUUCUUCUGUGAAGAUAAAGCUACGUUCCGAUUGGAUGAAUGUUUCAAAGUGCUUCACACUUUCUGUGAACGGUUUAAGAAAUCAGUCGUGGAAAAUGAACAACGUAAGAAACAAGAGAAAAAGGCGGAGGCCAGACGAAACCAACAUGUAAAUAAGGAACCAUCAGUUGAGGACAUGAAGUCACCGGACGAAAUGGUCAUGGAAAGGGGAGAAGGCGAUGAACAAAAAGGCUCCAUAGUAGAAAUGUUGCUCGCAGAUGUUCGACGAGGAUUCACUGGUCCGAGGAUAGGCGAUAAUAAUUUCUCCGUGAAAAGAGUGCAGAAAAUUAACUUGAGUGGAAAUAAUAACAAUGUAAAUGAUGAUUCAACCUCCAAAAAGGAAAAGGACAAAUUCCAAAGAGGUGGAUAUGGUCGGAAGAGUUUGCGAAAGAAAAAUCCAGCUCCUCUGCCAGAUGACGGUGCAGAUUCUGAGAGCACAUGCAGUAGUCUGGAUGACGGAAAUGAUAUAAAUUCUAACAAAAUCAUGAAAGGAACGGACGACAAUCUUUUUGAUAUCCUCAUGACUGCUGAGACCAAACCCUCGGAAUCAAAAUUCGAGCGCUACGGCAGCUUACGCAAAAAAAGAAGCGAACGUCAACAGAACAAAUCUCUCGAUGUUUUCGGUGAUCGUGAACGUGCGCAAUCGCCGUCAGUCGACACUUUAAAACAGGAAGAUAGUGUUCCAAGGAGAUCAAGAACGCCAACGGCGAUCAGUAGUGCGAGACCGUUAUCAAGUGAAAUGGAAGAUGACACGCCUAGAAGACCCGUCCGACGGGUGCAGAGUAUGGUUGAAAGGUCAACCGUAGAAAGAGCAAUUGUUAAUCACGAAUCUAAAGAAAGCAGUGAAAACUCGGUCGCCGAUCGACUAAAACGGAAAUUAGGUCGAUUUGGAACUAAAUCACCCGACCCAACGUCCGCUCGUCCGACUACGCCUGUAGGAGACAAACAUAUUCCGUCGACAACUGAUGCCGAAAAAAGUGAUGCAAAAGCCUCUCCCCGUUGGAGAAGUGGUAUUGAUACAACACCGCGAGGUCUUCAGACCAUCGACGAAAAGGGAAAGUUAGAAAUACCGAAUGUGACUGAAAAGAAAGAGACACCAGACACAAAUAAAAGUACAGUGACAAAUUCUCUGGAGCAAAGUCGCGAUAGAAUGUACCGGAAAUUUAGUGAAAAAGACAUUGAUCCAUCUCAAAUUAAAAUUCUUUUUGAAAAUGCCAAAUCGAAAGAAGAAAACAAUAAUGCAGAAGAGCCACAUGUCUCCAUUUCGUUAAAGAAAAAGAUAGGCCGCCGUUGGCGUAGUGAUCUUGGUAAAACAGACAUUGACCAAGUUCUCAAACAAAUUGAGGAUAGUGAAAAGCGUAAAGAACCAAUUGAAAGCGAGCAAAUUGUACCCGAUGAUAAAACUAACCAGGCAGGCGAAUCGGAAGCAUUAAAACAACGUAGAACCAAGAGAAAACUUCGUUCUCAUCUAUCAAUGGAGGAUGUUCAUACCGCUAUGCAAACAUUCAAAACGGAUGAUAAACCUAAAUCAGAUACAGAUGACAGCAUAACUACUACUGUUACUGCAACUAUGCACCCGGUACCGAAAUCACCGGGUACGCCAAAGGGCCGAUCGCGUUCUGGGAGUGAGAGCGAAAGCAAGUCACCUGAGAAAGAUAACAAAUCACAGAAGGACAAGGAUUCAAGCACAGUUAAAAAAGCGGCAAAACUUGCCGCAGCCAUGCGGUUCAAACUUAAGCGUUUUGGCGACAAAGACAAAGGUCAUUCUAAAAAUAAUGGAAGAUGGAAAAGUGACGUUCAACGAGAUGAGGUUGACCAGGCUCUUAAGGAGGCUAAGAGCGGCAUGAGUAGGUCGAAGUCUUACGAUGAAUCUGUGGCUAGAAAAGCAGCAAGUGAAAACGGUGAAUUUUCCCUCGCUGACGGAAAAGAGUCUGACUAUAAUGAAUCUGAAAGAAGAUCAUCACUGCGUGGGAGUGUAGGUCGUCUGAGUUCUGGUGAUUCACGGAGGAAUUGUCUUUACCUUCACACCAGUGAUAGUGACAGCGAAGUACCACCAGACGGCACUUCAUCUCCGAAACGAGCAUUAAGCUACAAAAGUGACAGUCCAAAGAGUUCUAGCCGGCUGUCAAUCAAAUCUACCAGUACUUCCACUGAAACAUUACGCUGUGAUACACCGUACAGUGAUGCUGAAAGUUCUAGUACAGAUCAGUUAGCUUCCUCAAAACGCUCGUCUGUGAAUAGUGACUUUAACUCCUCAGAGCCAACUGUUCCGCCUCGUCGAAGGCCGGCUAGUAUGAUAGAAAGAACCGAUACAGAUGCAAAUGCAAACACAGCUGAUUUAGAAGAGGGUGAUCAGCUACCCCACUAUCUUCUUUCGAAAUGGAAGGAGAGACGAAACACGAACAGGAGACAGAGCUACUACGAUAAUGUAACAGACGAGACGCCGGGAUCACCACGAGCCGUCCACGAGUCGCAUGUCACAAGAACUUAUAACGGUUUGACGAUAAACCACAAAUCUGAAGGAAGUGGCGACUCUUUCCGGAAUGAUAUUGGCUCCAGGUGUAGUUACGCCAGUAGCAGCGACAGCGCUCGCGAUGAGGGAUUUGAGACAAUGUCCGGUACAGUCUCACAAAGAACUUCUAUGAGUAGUACAUUAGAAUCAGAACUGAUCUCUAACUUUAGUCGCAAACCAGAGCCUUCUUCAAAGUCGCUAAUCAGUGAUAAAAUAAGUGAACCGGAUAUGCUGAUCCCACCGAAACAGGAAAUAACUGUGGCACGCGCACAAAAACAAUCGGAAUUAGCAGCACGGAAACAGCGAACAGAAUCAUGGACUGAAGCAGUUGUAGCUACAAACCUUAAGGAUUCGUCCUUGGAUUCCUCUAUUGAAUACUCUGCUACUUCACCAGAUAGUGGUCAUGGUACAUCAAAGGAGGAUGUUUGGAGCUCUAACCUGGAUCUAGUUGCCACACUUAGAGAAGGUUCGCCAGCAAGCCCCAUACCAACUAGUCCGAAAGGUGCGCCAAUUGCGUUACCGGAAAAUUCUGAUAUUUCCGCUAAGCAAAAACAACGUGUUCCGAGUUACAUGAAAAGCACUGCUUCCAGCGGAACAAAGACGCAUAGAACGACGUCAUCUGGAACUGAUAACAGAAGAAGAAGUACUCCAGCGAAUCUAUCGACAAAGCCUAACCAGAAGGCGUCAGUUAGGAAUUCUAGAACAAAUCUGAACAAAUCUAAAACGACAGAAUCAAAUACAAGCAUCGUGUCAUCAGUGAGUGGUAUAUCUGACAUCCAAUCGCCACCCACCUCCAAGUCAACCCCAACAAGGAAAUCGUCUAACUCCAGCACUCGUGCCAGUACCCCAUUGUCUCGUUCAACCACACCUCAUCCGCCAUCAUCUUCGUCACGAUCAACAACGCCUCAUUCUGCCUCCCGGCCUGUCACGCCUCUCGACCGUCCGACAACACCCUCCCAUACUCCUUCUUUCGGUUCUAAGGGAUUAAAAAGGACGCAAUCACUACGGGUUACAUCUACAACUCCUAAACCGAAUGUAGGAGUGUCGGCAGAGAAAAAGAGACUUUCAGCGAUCGGAGCAGGUUCAGAUAAAACAAAAGAAAAAACUUCAACCUCUCGUCGAUCCUUUAUGUCUCCAACAGCAUCUUCGGCCUCUAAAUUACGUGAUGAUGGGGCUACAUCGCCCGUGCCUCCAACGCCGCCUCCGCGCACGACAUCAGCUAGUACCCCUUCUUCAGGCAAAACUACUAAACCGGUCGAAGCAAAGUCAAAAGCUAGAGCUCCUGCACCUCCCUCAAAUACAGCACUUGAUCCUUCACCUUUGAAGCGACAUAACAGCAUGCGAUUACCAGCCGCCAGGGCUGCGGCCACUAGACUUACUCAUAAAGAGUAUCCAUUAAGUUCGAAAGAGGCUGCAGCCCAAUCAACGGAAAACAAAUCCAAAUCAUUUAUGGGAAGAUUAGGCGGCAACAAAGUGAAGCCGGACUCUCCUAGUGUGACUCCUAAGAAGUUAGAAACCGUCGAUGAACAGGGAAAUGAUGGAGAAAAAUCAUCGUUCAUGAAAAGAAUAGUCAAUAAGGCAAAAGUAACCAGUCCCAAGAAAUCUACAGACACAAAGAAAACAGAUUCGACAAAAAAGACAGUGAAAAAAUGAUUAGAUGACGAUGUCUUUCGUGGUGUAGUGUGACGUCAUAUCUGGAUGCAGUGAUGUUUUAACAUAGACACUAUGACGUCAUGUUUUGCGAUGACGUAGAACAGUGGUGACUGACCCCGAAAUGUGGGCCUGUGAUAUUCUAAGUGAUACGUCAAUUAUUAUUGAUAUACUCCUAUGUGCCAAAUAUUUCGGACAGCUAUACACCGAUUUGUGCCUAACAUGCGUCGGACAUAAUUGUGCCGUUAUACUGUAUCUUGUAAGUGCUAUGGAUGAACUGGACAGUCCUUAAAAUUCAAGCGGGAGCUUUUAAAGUUGACGAAACAGAAUCUGUACCUAUCUAGUCCUUGAGAGUAUUUAAUAACAUGUUUAAAUAUCUCCGGAUAUUUAUCAAUACACAAACGGUAGUAAUGUCGCUGAACAUUUGAAACAAACCCUCAAUAUAGUAGAGAAAACUAGCUGACAUUAUCCGCUUUAGGAUAUUCGAGUAGUUGAAUAUGUUAUAAAAGAUAUACAUGUUAUGGGCUUAAACAGAAUAUUUAUUUAUUUUACGUGUAUGGAGCUGGUCUCAAAUUAAGGAAACGACAGAUGGCGAAGCUAUUCUUAUAUUUUUAUACACCUAUAAAACUUACGUAUAGUGUGACUGGCUUAGUCGCUUUUGUUUUACUGACUGAAAACUACUUCUCGUAAGAAGCAUUUGCUAGUGCAGUAUUGCAUUGUAGACGGUGAUAUAUAACCGGAUAUUUGAGGGUUUGUUUUAUCUGUUGGUUAUGUGUACAAAAUCGGUCGUAUAUUUACAGUGUUCAUGUUUCGUAAAGGAUUUUUUGUCAUAUUUUCAUGAACAUGAAUUUCGAAAGAAUUUUAAAAACAGUGAAAAUCGAAAGCAUAUGUUCUUAGUAACCCGAUGAUAUUACUUACGCAACAAUGCAAAGAAGAAACAUAAAAGCACAUUUCAGUUUGAUCUAAUCGUCCAAUCAAUCACCUAUAUGCCUACUAAUAGUAGACAAUGCGGUUGUUGGAUCAUUUCGUAGGCUUCACACUGUCGGACUGAAAUGUGUUUUUGUCUGUUUAACUCUUUUAUUGAUUGUUAAAUUAUCUUACUGCAGGGAAAUUAUUCAUUAAACAUUUUAUCGACAUAUUAACACAUUUCAUUACAUUAAGAUGUUGAAAUUGCGUGGUUAAAUAUUAGUUCAUAGAUCAUAAAAUGAUUUUUGAUAGUUCAUAGCCAUACUGUUAAUGUAAACCAAAAAAUCGCUGUCUUCCUUUGUAAAUUGAGAAUCAUAAUUAAAAUAAACACAUAAAUUCCUCCAGUGUAAAAUUCGUUCAUCAAACUAUCAUUUUUCCUGGAAAAGUACUGUCAAGCAAGGUUUUCUUGUGAAUUAUUUCUCGAUCCGAAAGAAUGUGACAUAAAUGUGUGAAGUAUGCUUCCUGUGGCAAGGGAUGUACAAAAGUCAUAUUAGAUAUUAGCACAUUUCAAAAGAAAGUUCGUUUUCAAUAACAUUCUGUCAGAUAUAUGCAUCAUGCGACUUCCAAUGAUCGAAUUAUACAAACUCUGAAUCUUCAUCUCGACUGUAUACGUUAAAACAUAAUAUUAUUUAAAGACUCCUUUAUAUCCCCAUCAAUAUUAUAUUUUCUCAUAUUAAAAACUGGCUGUUUUCUUCGAGAAAUAAGUCACUAUGAAAUACAAUUAUUACCGUAGUGGUUAUAUUUAACUUCGUUGAAGAAAGAAGUUUUUGCAAAUAAUACAUGGUGCCUAGAUACAAGGUUAUUUAUAAUGGUAUUUAACAAUCAGACAAAAGGGAUUAAUUUGUGUUAUUAUGUCUAUAUUUCAUCACAUUACUGACAAAAACAUUGAAAUUAUCUUACACAAUAUCAUUUUAUUGGAUCAUAAUAUUACUUUGGAGACAAAUAUCUGUGCUUACAUCUAACUCCGCUCAAGAGAAGGAUGUACUGUUUUAUGAUAAUAUAUCGCCCAUACAUAUGUUUAUCUCCGAAAUGUAUCAAUUCUAACCGUUUGUUAUCAUUGUGUAUAUAUACCAUACAAUUUAUAUAUAUAAAUACAACCUACAUGACCAUUUUAAUGUUAUGUUGAAAUGUCGAAUCAUGUUUACUUAGACUUGUUAUGUGAUGUUUAUGAUGUUUAUUACGUAAAUUAAAAUAUGAUAUAUACUUAAA